GAUUAUGAUUGACAGUUAUGUACAAUGGGUGGUGAGCAGAUGAUACUAUGGGAUGUACAGAAGGAACUGUAUAUAAUAUAAAUGGGAUGUACAGUAGGCACUGUAUUUAAUAUAAAUGGGAUGUACAGUAGACACUGUAUUUAGUAUAAAUGGGAUGUACAGUAGACACUCUAUUUAGUAUAAAUGGGAUGUACAAUAGGCACUGUACAUAAUAUAAAUGGAGGUGCCGUUUGUAAGUUUCUUUAUGGGCAAAAGAAUGGGUAACGAAACAGUUUGACUGUUCCUUUUGUUUGAUAGUUACUGCACAUCUGCCCUCCUCCUGCCGGAGAAUAGUUUUGGGUGGGGAAGGUGAUCAUGGUGGAGUCAGUGUUGGAUCGAGUGAAAAUUCAAUUCAAAUAAGCAUUUUUUUAUUAAGACCGUAUUCACAGGAUCUUUUCUUAUCUCCUCAAACUAUUGAAAACGGGUUACUAACAUGAGUACUAGCAACAAACAUGAGACAUGUCUGGCAAGGCUAAUAUGAAUGGUCUGACAAUUCGAAUGGAUUUACUUCUCAUUGCAGAUGACAACAUUAAAAAGGCAUUAUUGUUUUUUGUAGAGAUAAUACUCAGUCAACAAAGGAUUUAUCUACACACAAAGAGGAGGCAGUCAGAGACAUGUAUGGCCUGAUAGACCCUAAACCCUGAGUCUACACUAGGGAGAGAGAGGAAGAGAGAGAAACAAAGAGAGGGAGUAGAAAGAGCAACAGAGGGAUAGACGAGAGUAUUUUCUGGCGACUACUGUAAACUCUCAUCUCUCCCUCUCUUGCUGUGUCUACUCCCUCCCUCAGACUGGACAUUAGCCAUACAGUUGAUCGCUGCGUCACAUAGGCGACAUUGCCCCAAACUGGACCAUCAGCUAGCAGGAUCAGGUUUGACUUGAUGUAUUUAUGCACUUCAGCUUCCAGUAUUGGCCAGCAACCCUUCAGCUUCUCCAUGGUUCGCGGACGGGGCUGGUGGGUCAGUGACGUGCCUGACCAGAGUGGUGGUGUCGGCAGGCCUGAGUAGCCUGACAGAGGCACUGUUGGAUCCACAGUCGUUGGUGUAGAGUGUGUGGAAGCGAGGUGUGAGACGCAUCUAGGCAGCAUACCUGUGCCGGCAGGGGGGUUAAAGUGUCUGCGUCCUGCUGGUCAGGAAGCCGUUGAUCCACCGACGAAACAGAGCUGGACACGUUUCGGCUCGGAGAUAGUUCUGCCAUGACGGUGUUGAAAGAAGAGCCGACGAACACAAACAGGAUCCUUGGGAAUUUCGUCGGGUUGUCGACGGUGACAUCCUUCCCAUUUUUAUUUGGGUUUUUUUGGUUUUGGUGGGCGGAGCCAGGAGGGUGGUCAGGGGUGAUAGAACACACCUGGCCUGGGGAUAAAGACCCUGGUUCCCCAUUUAUCUAGGAGACCUCUUUCUAGACAGAUACCUUUUGGUUGUGCUAAGAUUAGAUUUUGGUUAAUAAAUAUGCUUUGUUGUUACUAGAUUUGACGUGGUUCCAAUUCUCUGUCAUGGCCUAAGAGCCUGGUUGUGAAACACACUGUGGGAGGACGUAGUGAAAGUCCCUGUUGACACCAAUGUCCACAAACCUGCCGGCUCAAAUCGGUCAAGGGAGAUGUCCAGUGGUGGCCAUUGCGAGGAUAACAAAUGUUUUAUGACCAGGACUAAUCGACACUGUUCCAGCAGGGCCAAAAUACCUCUGGUUUUCAUCCUCCAUGUGGGACACCAGGUGAGUGAGAUUAACAACCAGUUAGAGGGAAAAAACACGAGUGUUUCACAAUGGAGCAGUCGGCAAUUAAUAUCGAUUCAGGAAUAUCUUAUCUACGUAUAUGGAUGCAUUCAAUUGAAUGCCUUGACUGUAGUGUUCAACGUAAGUCACCUUAACAUGAACACCAUGAAGGUGGGGAGGUGUAGAGGACAGAGUCUAACUACAUUCGAGGUUGGCCAUCAAUAAGAAACUGAAGGGAGUGGUACAUUGGAAUGCCCCCUGCCAUAUAAAACGUCUGUCUCCUGUCGGAAUCACUCACAACGCGGAAUCACUCUGACCCGGGUGGAUUGCUGUGUUGCUGCAAUUCUUUCCUCCUCUGAAGACAUGGAGUCCCUCGGCAGGUUUCCUGGGUACCUUGGUGAGAGUGGCGGCGGAGGACGCUACGUCAGGCAGUGGAGCUCACAGAGCGCCCACGGAGGUGCCGGGGGACGCGGAACCAGCACCUCCUCGUUCCACUCCGGCAACCGGUUCGGGGGAUUUAAAGGAGGGCCCCAGUACCAGGUGUGCACGGAGGUCAGGGGGAACGACGGAGGUUUAACGUUCGGCAACGAGAAGACGACCAUGCAGAACCUCAACGACCGCCUGGCCUCCUACCUGGAGACGGUGAGGAACCUGGAGCAGGCCAAUGGCAAGCUGGAGCUGAAGAUCAGGGAGGCGAUGGAGAAGAGAGGCCCGGACACCAACGACUACAGCCGCUACAACGUCAUCUUGGAUGACCUGAGGAAGAAGAUAUUGGAGAUGAUAUCAGCCAACGAGCAGAUUUCUAUCCAGGGUGAAAAUGCCAGACUCGCCGCGGAGGACUUCCGGGUCAAGUUUGAGAGUGAGGCUGGGAUGUGCCAGACUGUGGAGGCUGAUGUGGCAAGCCUGAAGAGGAUUCUCGAUGACACGAACGUCGUCCGGCUGCAUCUGGAGAACGACGUCGAGUCCCUGAAAGAGGAACUGGUCCACCUCAAGAAGAACCAUGCAGUGGACGUGCUGGAGCUGCGCACACAGAUCUCCACCGCUGGCGUGAAUGUGGAGGUGGAUGCUGCCCGGGGACAGGACCUGGGCAAGAUCAUGGAGGACAUGAGGGCCAAGUACGAGGCACUGGCCCUGAAGAACCAGGAGGACGUCAAAAUGUGGCACGAGUCCAAAAUCGGUGAGGUUCAGAUCCAGGUGGCCGAGAACACGGUGGCUCUGAAGGAGGCGCACACCACAGUCAGUGAGAGCAGGAGGAGUGUGCAGUCCCUGCAGAUUGAGCUCCAGUCCCAGAUCCGCCUGAAGGGAUCUCUGGAGGGGACCCUUGGUGAGAUUGACAUGCGCAACAACAUGGAGAUGGAGAAAUACAACAACAUCCUGCUGCGCCUGGAGGCUGAGUUGACCCACAUCCGCUCCAACAUCCAAAAACAGACCCAGGACUACCAGGUCCUGUUCAACAUCAAGACAAGACUGGAGGCAGAGAUUGCAGAGUACCGCAGGUUGCUGGAUGGAGACCUGAUAGUUGAGGUUCCUGUUGAGAAGAAACCUACAAAAUCUUACCAAACGAAGACAAUGGUUGUCACCCAGACACUGGUGGAUGGUAAAAUUGUGUCUGAAGAAGCAACUGAGGCAGUGAGACCAGGAGGAGCCAUUCUUCGUAAUUCAUAACCACUCAGUUAAAAAAACAUGUUCUACCUCAUUGUCAUCAUAUGACAAACAACACACCUACAAUAACAGUUAAAACAAAUAAAGUAAAAAAAAACUUGAAAGGUAAA